CUGCUAUAUCUCUGGAGCUACAGCCGCCCCCGAAGCAUAAGGAGUGCAAGGCAAGAGUAGAAACUGAAGUAAUCAUUUGCACUUUAUCACUGGAGUCACUGACCUUUGCUUUCUAGAUAAGGCUCAUAUAAAUGACAGGGGAAAAUACUCUAGGCAUCUGUCUCUCAGUUGCUGCAUGUCAUGCAGCAGUUUUUCAUGACUAUUUGUGAAUGUACAACACAAGCGCCUGGCAGAAGAAGAUGGAAGAAAGAGAGGGCAGUCAGAUAGAAGAAAGGAUUGGCAGAGACACAGAAGAAAAGCAAAACAGGAUGAGGCCGCAGUCAAAUCGUCAAGGUUUGGACUCGGGACAAAAGAGACAGCAAGACCUUUAUCUGGGCUGUCUAACCAAACAACGCCUGAUAACGAUAUCUGUGGCCACCGGGCUUGUCAUCCUGCUGGUUGUCAUUACUGUCACAGCUGUGGUGCUCACCAAAAGUUCCCCGGCUCCUCUUCCCUCAUUUUCUACUGGUGGAGACAUGCUGGACUUCCUCGUCCAGUCGGGUGUUAUUAGCAAGCCUGACGGCCUGUUGGCUACCUGGUUUCACAGAGUCAACAGCAAAGAGGACAUCAACAAAGCUCUCGCCAGUGAAAUCAUGAUCUUGGAGGCUGAUGUCACUCUGGAGGGUUAUGGAACAGCCAAUGAGAAGCCAGUUCCUAUCAUGGCCCACCCCCCUGACGUCUAUAGUGAUAACACUCUAGAGGAGUGGUUGGAUGCAGUGCUGGCCUCAAGAAAAGGCAUAAAAUUGGAUUUUAAGUCUCUGAAAUCGGUGGGUUUGUCAUUAGACGUGCUUAUUCAAAAAAACAGCAGCAGAGGAAUAAACCGGCCCGUGUGGCUUAAUGCAGACAUCCUCCAAGGUCCCAACAUACCAGGCUUCCUGCCUGUAGUUAAUGGAACCAGAUUUCUGCAGUUGAUCCAGGAGAAGUUUUCAGAUGUGACUUUGUCUACUGGGUGGAAGGUGGCCUAUGCUCCUCCACUUUUCACUGCGACAUACACCAGGUCAAUGGUGGCAGACAUGUAUGACAUGAUCAAAGACGUCCCACAAAAGGUGACAUUCCCAGUCCAUGCCCUGUUGGUCCGCAGUGGCUGGCAGCACAUCAGCUGGCUCCUCAGCCAGUCCCCACGGUUCAGUCUGACUUUGUGGCAGGGUUCGGUUCACCCAAACAUCAGUGACCUGCUGUUCGUCCGUGACAACACUCACCCUGCCAGAGUCUACUAUGAUAUAUAUGAACCAACUCUUUCUGCAUUUAAACAGGCUGCAAGACAGCAGUUCCAUCUGCGACAGUUCUAUCCCGGAGGAGACCUGAUGGACUUCCUCACUACUCCCAGCUCACACACCAGUUACCAAUCCACACAACACAGCAGCCUGGCUGUCCGCUGGUUCACGGUCACUGAUCAGGCCUCCCUGUUGGCUCAGUUUUCAGAUGGAGCUGGUGGUAUGUUGGUAGUUCAGGUGGCCUCUGACAGCAACCAGCCCGGCGCCCCACUGGUAGAAGGUUCUGGAACCAGCUCAGAGCCCCUCACACUGCAGGAUGUCCUGCAGCUGCUUGGGCAGAAUGCUGAAGCAGCCUGGGGUGUUUACCUGCGAGUCCACACUCUGCAGCUUCUGGAAGCUUCUCUUAGACUGCUGCACUCAGCUUACAGCAGAGAGAUGCUCUACCGGCCUGUCUGGAUCAGCAUGGAGGGUUUACAGAACAGUCACAACAUGAAGGAAUUUGUAUCCACAGUAGAGAGGCUGUUCCCCUAUGUCACCCUUGUCCUGACUGAGCAGAACUGGCUGCUUCAGAUCCCAGCAAUAGUGACGGGCUUGUCUCAGAGGGUGGCUCUACAUCUGAACACAAUGUCACUGCCCAAAGGACAGGAGGAGCUUCACUCUCUAAUGAGAAUGACAGACAAAUAUGACCUUAUAGUGGAGGAGGACACCAAGAACACUGCAGCAGUUUCUGCAGUCUUGAAAGAAGAGAUGAUUCAGCGUGCAGGAAGAGUCAACACACACCUAUAUGUGAUAUCUCACCAGUCCUGUGACUGGGCACAAACUACAGUACUCAAAAAGGCUAUUUGUUUUAUACAGGUUCCUCUUUAAUGAAUGUGGUUAGACAAUUAUCUACAUCAGUGCCACCUGCACUGCAGCGUCAUUGCACACAGUUAAUUUUUACA